AUGAAGUCGCCAGUUAAACGUGAUUGUGAGCGUGACAACACUAUGUCGGUGAAUAAAAUCUUCACUCUUGUGUUCCUGAAGAAGAAUAGCGAGGUUUUAUUGGGGUACAAAACAAGGGGGCUGGGGCGGGGCCUCUGGAACGGUUUCGGGGGCAAAGUCGAGAAGAACGAAACUAUUGCCAAUUGUGCCAAGCGGGAGCUUGAAGAGGAGUGUAGUUUAGUGGCAAAGGACUUGAAGCACAUCGGAGUUGUGAGGUACGACCUGCCCUACGAAAAUUCAGCCGAUAUUGUGCACAUUUUUACGUGUUCACAAUACGACGGUUGUGAGAAAGCAAGCGAGGAGAUGGACCCCAUCCAAUGGUACGAUUUUUCCGCUAUUCCCUAUGCGAAAAUGUGGCCUGAUUCGCCCCAAUGGUACCCCCUUAUGUUAAAAGAGAAAUUUUUUGCGGCCAGAGUGACUUACAGUGACCCUGACACAAUCACUGAUACGAAAAUUGAGGAAUUUGAGGACUUGGCGAGUGCACUUAAAGUGGCCAAUUAAAAGUAUUAUUGUUUACGUAAAGUAUUUAUUUAAUAAAAAAUUGUUAAAAAAAUCAUCAUUUUAAUUGGGCUUCGUGUACCAAAGCUCGUGCUAAAUUCCGGGUCGCUGACAGUCUCAAGAUCGGAAGUUUGUCUUUCAAGUCUUUGGUUUUUUCCUGCUCUUCCAAACACUGCAUAAUGAUGUAGGUAUCAGUUGAGGAAAAAACCAUUUUUUCGCACUCAAGUAGCGGUAUUGCGUCAGUUAAUAGAAUACUCCAGAAACUACAAGAUAAUCUUUAGAUAAAAAACCGCAAUUUUAAGUGUUUUCCCCUUACAAGUUUGGUAUUAUUUUCGACUCAAGUAACGAAACGAGCAAAUUGGCGGCUUCUUUGUACUCGUUCGCUUGAUAUAACUUCUGGAAUUCGUAAUAUUUGCCUAAAAACAUCAACCUAUCGCUUGCCAAAAUACACGAUCCGAGAUUAUCCAAAAGAUCAAUACUGUUCAAAUCGCCACUUUCGGCAUACUCUCGCAGAAAUUUGUUCGAUAAAAACGACACAAAAGUGCCGUCUUGUGAUUUGAGGGCCCAGGCGAGGGCGUGUCCCAGACGCCCCCGGUUUUUACAAGCCAUUCCUUGCACUUUACAAAUACUUUGUGCCGUUUCGGUUAAAUUCCGGUUCAGAGCCUCUCUCACAAUUUUCUCAGCCCGCAUUUCGGAAUUUAGAGGCAGUCUUGCAAGUAGUAAUUUUGUGACUUCAGGGCCAUCGCUGGGACAGUGGUCCAAGUAGCUUAAACCGACCUGCCAUAGUGACUUAUGGCCCAUUAAAAGCGAGCCAUAAUCGAUUAAAAAUGACUCGCGCAAUUUAUCAGGGUGGCUGAAAUAAUAAUUGUAAAAUAAACGGUUUAAAAAAAAUCGGGGACUCACAAAUUUUCAAUAGUUUCGAUAGUUGUGUCGCUUAGACGGCCUGAAUGGUAAAGUAGGUCGGUUAAGUGGCUCACAAACCAGCCACUGUCUGUCAUAUUUUGGAUUUCUUUAAUCACCUGGCAAAGAAAUGUUAGAAUUUAUGUGUACAUUUGCAAAAAAGUGUAAAACUAAAAGUAUAGCCGAAAAAUACAGGAUUAUUCAAAAGUCUCAGUUUUAUUUAAUAACUUAACAGAGGUGGCGCCAUAUUACCUGUAAAAUAUCAAACUCCAUUGCUGCCAACAACAUCCUAUCCAAAUGCUUAAUUCUAUUCCCUAUGGACAUUUUCGUGAUACACUGUUUGGCAAACUGUCCCAACUCAAACGAUUUAACAGUAGGUUGGGUAAAAAAUAACCACGCGGCUAACAUUUCAUACCACGUCUCGCAAUACUGCUGUAUUUCCCCCCAUGCAAUUUCGUUACCAACCGUAAGCUACAAAAAAUCUUAUAAAGAAAACUACCAACUCAAACACACUUAAAACAAAACCUUCAUAAUCAAAUUGAGAUUAUAACAAGAAAUAAACAUUUUCGCAUCAAUUUUCGAUUGAACAUCCACGACCCAAUGAUUCCAUUGUAGAUUAAAUUCAGCGAUUGAAGUCCCACUAAACAUCUAAAGUCGGCCAUGAACACCUGUCAAUUUCUCCCAGCCUACUUACGUUAUAAACCGGCAUUGCUCUCAGACACUGAUCCACAAUUCUGAAAGGUUGUGACUCAGCUUCUGAGUGUAAUUUAAGUAGGGCCCUAACGACCUUGACCCGCCCUUGUAAUAGUGACCCAAUGACAGUUUCCCAAUAGUCAGGGUGUGACUCCAAACCACCCAAAUCCCCAGCCAACAUACUUGCCGCAUUUCGGUCAUAUUUCGGAAAAUGAAACCGAAUCCAGUCCAGUAAGUGGGGCAAAACAAUGUUGCCUAAAACCCCAACUGUUUGGCAAAAAUCCCCAAAUUUUGUGUCACUACAGAGGUCUAUAACUUAGGAGGAAACGAUGUACGAAAUUACCGGAUUUUCUGAACCUAAAAAAGUCCGGAAUUUUUUUUAAAUAUAGUUAACGAUAAAACUACCGAGUUCAGGACGUUUUAUUUGUACGUCGUUUCGCAUCCUAGCUUUUAGAUAUCCGUGUCACUAACCCACCUGGGACCGCAUCAACAAAUAAGAUUUCACACAAGUGCCAAAUACACUCAACUGAGUAAAAAAUCGUAAUGUAAUUUUGCAAUUCUUCGCGAUAAUCGCCAUCGGCUCGCAUCACCUCGUCUUGCAAAUUCUCCAAACAGGCCCUUAUUAUGGACCUGUACUGCCGGCUAAGUUUCAAUAAUUCGGCCUUGUGGUCGCCCUCAGUGGCUACAAGGGCUUGAAGGGUUAGAAACGUCCCGUUGGCCUCAUUUACCAAUUUGCGUAAAAUUGGUUUGAAGAGAAUAAUGUCGGGGCGCAGCUGAAACACAGAGGCGUCCGAGGGGGCAAAGUGACUCGGUUUAUCAACUUUUGGUGUUUUCUGGUGGCCGAAAACACCGAAUUCGUUGACGGAAAGCCACGAAGCCGCCACUCCAGCACGUCGGCAUAACUCAUUUGGAAUAACCUACAAGUUAUUAUGACCUAACCUCAAAAAUUGAUCGCUGCUUACGAAAGUUUUGGCGGUAUUGUCCAUUAAUACGGGUCGGGAAGCGUUAAAUAACACGAAAUUUUGCGCCUUUUCAUUCAAAAAAACCGUAUUUUUUUCGAAUUUUGUUUGAGGAGAGCGGUUAGCCGGGUCGGUAAUUUAGAAAUCUGUUCGGUUACUAGGGUUACUUUCGUUUUGGGUUGGUAGCGAGAACGGUAACGGUAGGGAUUUAACUUCGCCGUCAAUCCUGUGGGCGGGUAUUUUGAAUUUGUUAUAUUGGGGUGAUACUCACGUUGAGGCCUUCUCCUGGUGCGAGUGUGACGUUGAGCGCGAUUCUGUCGGUUUCUUGCGUACGAAAAAUCGCAUAAUGAAGUCUUUUUCUUUGAGCGUUUGAGUGUCAAUGCUCCUAAUUUCUGCCUCUCUGGCUUCCUGCAUGCGGGCUUGAUCUGCGAGGAGCUUGUCAAUUAGAUCCUUAAUUUGGCCUCUGGAAUGUUCAAUUCUGGAGGUCCACUGUUUCAUUAAACGGUAGUUUUCCCUUGCUUUGUUGCUCCGAUCGUUUACUUUCACACUAGUCAUGUCCCGGAGCAUCGUAUGGCGAACACUUUGACUUUCGAAAUAUCGCACAAUGUAAUUUGAAAGGGUGCUUAAGUAAAGCAUCAAGUGGUUUAUGUUCUCGUCAGUGCUUACUUUAUUUUUUAUCAAAUAAUUGACAAUAAACCAGUCCACUAACUGCAAGUCGUAUUUUGCCAAAACAAGUUAGAGAAUUAUCGGGACUUACCCGAAAUUCAGUCACUGUGAUUCCCUUAAGUGCGUGGCUAACUGCAAUUUGUUUGAUUAAAUCGAGCGCUUGUUCGAUGCGUCUCUGUUUGAGAUAAGUUAAAACCAUUUCAUGAACGUGAAGUAACGAGACGAAAUGAGUGAUCAUUCGUCUUUGGAUAGUAUAUGUGUCUGUUUGCUGAUUCGGGUUCCGGGCACUUGCAGCCCCAAACUUUUCUACCACUUUAUCAGGCAUUUUCAAUGUCCUGCCAAAAAAUAGAAAAUAACCCGGCGCAUCCACCAUUUUUCAAAUUCAAAUAAGUGUUUAAAUACGUUCUGGAGUAAGCUAGUGUUGUAAAAAAAACAUAUGAUACGUAAAAUGAGUCGCUGAAUUCACUGGAAUAAACCGUUUUGUUCUACGAAUUUUAGUUUUUGAGUUAUGAAUUUUUUGAAUAGGCAAAAAAAUUAAAUUAAAUAAAACAGUACCCUGCGUGGAUGUCGCUAACAAUUUGCCCCAAAUGCCUCUUCAGAAGCGACAGCACUAACUGUGAGGUUCUGAUGGUCAAGGGGGCCAAAUGAUCAGCUGUGAAAGUCUGAGACUUGAUGUACAUACUCUGCAGUUCGCCGUAAUGAAUCAAUUCACUGUCACACUUCGACACCGAAGGCUUUUCAGACAAAUGAAACGAGGGGGAAGUACAUAUCGAAGGAUAGGUGAUUGAUGGUGGAAUAGUUUCGAUACUCCCGGUAUAAAAAAUAUGGGAAUAAGUGCUUUGUUCGCUACCUCGUGGACGACUCAAUUUUUUACCCAUUUUAAUUUGACGUAAAAUAAAACAAAGUGUCACAAAAAACAUUUAUUAAGACUAGAUUUUAACAAAAAAAUACUACGAUUUAAAUAUAUCAACAACAUUGAUUUUUAAUUUGGCCUUUUGCUCCUUCAUUGACUCCUUAAACGCCGUACUUAAACUAACAUCGUCUUCCUCCUUUUUGACUUCUUGGUGGCUCUUCUUCAACAAAUCAAUUGCCUCCUUGUAGAUUUGUUCUUCAGUCGCUGACUCGCCAUACUGUGCUUGAAUUGUUGUAUAACUCUCGAUGAAUUUCUGCGUCAGGGUUUUAUAUUUCGUGUCGAGUAAAUGCGUAGCGCCGAUUUUUUUAUUAUUGCGGUGAAAAAUACUAAACUGUGAUGAGUCAAACUAUUCGGUUACGUUACUUACGCUCGUAUUUUGUCCUCUUCGUAGAAAAUUUGUUUAAUGGGGAUAUUGGGCGCAGGCCGGUCGUAGUUUGGCUCUUCUUUGGGGGGAAAAGCCUCGUAAAUGUCAAACCAAAGGGGGCGAUCCUCCCACCUCACGCCCCCCGAUUUAAUCAAACCUUGGGCCCUACAAACUUAGUCAGGAAUGUGGACGAUUUUUAGGGCAAAUAACCUGGUAUAAAUCGUCCCAAUGCGUUCUAAACGACUUUGUGCCAUUUUUUAUGUGGGAAAAAAAAUGAGGUUAAUUUGGUUUUGGUGACAGAUCAGUACCAACUUAAAUCAAAGACUAGGUUUUUGCGCAUAAUUGUUUAUUCUAGACAGGUAAUAACAUAAAAAUUGAUUAAAUA